UACGAGAACGGACUUGUCCUUCACCGUGGAAGCAACAGAGUGGAAGCAGUACAGAUUGGUACAGAGUCAAGGUGCACUCAUUUGCAGACGGGGUCCAUGAUCUGAACUUUGUUUUUUUCACAUCCGCUGCCUGUUCCGAAGGACCACCGACCACACACACACACGGAUUGGGGGGUCGGUUCGUUGGUGCGCGUUUUGGGCGUGUGUUUGUCGUAGGAAGAAUUUUCCACGGAUUGGAAACGUACGGACGCCGAAAGAAGAUAAAACACGGGAGCAAACGGAAGUUACUGUAUCCGAUUAGUGAUAUUUUAAUCUAGAUUAUUGGAAUAGACCGGAUUUUGGAUAAGAUUUCAUUUUUUCAACUAAGAAGAAGGAAAAUCAAUUCAAUUCCUUGAAAGGGAAUAGUGAGAGAGUGCUAUGCCAAGGUGACUUGUGCAGUGAGUAACGAAACGAAACGAAAAAAAAAGGAAGUUCAAACCGGAGCUAAUUUGCUAAUUGAGGAUCCAGUGACCGAAGCGAAAGAAAGAAGAUGAGUGAAUUUCCGGCAGUGGUGGAGUUGAACGUCGGUGGUACCCUGUACGCGACUAGUUUGGAUACUUUGAAGCUGGAGGAGGGUUCCUGGUUGCGGGAAGUUUUCAGUGGAAGCGCCGACGAUGCACCGAAGGAUAGUCAAGGUCGGUUCUUCAUCGACCGGGAUGGAGUGUUGUUUCGGUAUGUGUUGGAUUACCUGCGCGAUCCGGCCAAGUUUAGAAUCCCUGCAGAAUUCCGCGAGCGAGAUCGGCUACGGAAGGAGGCGGAGUUCUACCGGUUGGGCGGUAUGAUCGAGGCAGUGACCAAGGAUCCGGGCUGUAUCACGAUCGGCUACCGGGGUAGCUUCCAGUUCGGUCGCGACGGGUUGGCUGAUGUUAAGUUCCGGAAGAUUACCCGACUGUUGGUUCACGGACGGGUGGCGGUCUGUCGGGAGGUAUUCGGGGAUACGCUGAACGAGUCCCGCGAUCCGGAUCACGGAGGUCCGGAUCGAUACACGGCUCGGUUUUUCCUGAAGCACGUUUUCAUCGAGCAGGCGUUCGACAUGUUGCAGGAUAACGGUUUCCGGUGUGUCGGAAGCUGUGGUUCCGGUACGGCCGGAUCGGUGAAUGAGAACCUGAAACCGGGAGUUGAUUCCGAGGAGAAUCGCUGGAAUCACUACAAUGAGUUUGUUUUUCUCCGUGAUUAAGCGGGGGUGAGAACCGAAGGACGGAGAUUGGCGUGCAUUUGAAAUCGGUUGAAGAUCAAGCGUUAUCGGGCAGGGGACAGACAGAUGGAACUGUUUUUACUUUUAUUAGGUAUCAUGCAACCGAGCGAGGGAUUGAAACCAAGGUAUAGUGCUGAUUUUGUGACACGUUCGGUUGACUAGUUUUAGUGCAGGAACCUAUUUAGAGCAUAAAACAAAAAUCACUACAUCAAACGUGACAUGCAUCGAUUUCGACGGUCGGUUCGUUAUAACGAGAUAGCACGAAGAAAGUGGGUGGACUGGUUGAAAAUCCCGACGGGGCCCGGGCGAACGAAGAGCCACAUCAUCAUCAUUAUCGCUUUUAUCGCGAUUGCUGGUCGGGACCCGUUCCCGGAACGGUUGCUGCAAAGAGAAGCGUACGGUUCUUGUUUUGGUUGGUGACGGGAGAAGGGGAGGGGAAAAUCAAAACGACCCGGAAGUGGUGAACGGAAUAAUUUGAAGCACUGAGACGGAACAAAUGGAACACCCUUCGUCACUCAGUCUGUGUACGUUCGAGGGGCGGGGGGGAUGUUUGUUUCGAGACCCACGUCACAAUCAUAGGACUGUUCGUGUUUGGAAUGUGACACUGCCGAAGCGAUCUUUGAUGUGGUUAACGAUGAUGCUGGUGUCGAUGAUGAUGAUGAUGAAGAAGAGAAAUUGAUUGACAAAGUGAAAAGCUAGAAUGGGAAGACGUUGGGAUUUUUUUCGGCAACAUAUUCAUUUCAGGAUGUUUGAAAUGAGGUCAGAAAUUGGAAUUUUUAAAAUUUAUUUCAAUGAAAUGCGUAGUUUUAUCUUCGAUGGAAAAAAAGAAUAUAAUCAUUGAACAGAAAAAAAACAUUGUAGAAGCAGCCAUGAAUAUAUUUGAUGAAUGAAUAAUAAAAUUGAUCCUUCUUCAUUUCAUGAGCUGUUCUCUAAGACAGCGUUAAACUCACCGGUUAUGAAGAAUUUUGACCGAUAUCUUUCGAGUUUUGUACCAAGUAUGCUCUGUAGCAAGAUCGGUUUCAACUUCAAUAUCCGAAUACUCGAUCGCCUUGCUGUGAAAUGAAGGCAAAAUGCAAUGUUUGAUUCUGCGGUUGCCCGCUUGUUGCAAUUCCUCCGCCUUAUCCAACAAUUCGAUCAAAUCGAUGAAUAACAAAAUUAGAGUUACUCUUCAAUUUAAUACACUGAAACCUCUAUUUACGAACUCUUUUUUACGUCCUGUUUGAUAUAUGCAACUUUAAUACGAAUUGAAUCCGAAAAAACGUACUCUUUUUGCACGAAAGUUCGUAACAAAAUUUUAAUACCCACAGUAUAAUAUGAAGUUGUAUACAAUUUAACAUAUUCUAAGCAAACUGUUUGCUAAUAAAAGUUGGGUAUUUUCAGAAUGAAGGUUGACGAGUGUAUGACGGAAAUCGAUGUCUGAGGCCAUUUAGAAAACCAGUGUGGCGACUUUCUGUUUAGAUAAAAUCUAAAUAACCUCAACAAUAAGGGUAUUUUCGGAAUGAUGCUGACGAGUACAUGACAGAAAUCGAUGUCUAGAGCCAUUUUGAAACUUAGGAUGGCGACAUCCGGUUUAGAUAAAUUCAAAAUGAGAAUUUUUGGAAUGAGGGUGAACAGUAGAUGACGCAAAUCGAUGUCUGAAGCCAUUUUGAAAUCCAAGAUGGCGCAUACCAGUUCAAAUAUUUCUCUAGCCUCAAAAAUAUUCGCGAAUUUGAAAUGGGACAAUUAUAUAAUAGGUAUAUAUAUAUAUAUAAUUCACGCAAAAAACUGUAUUAAUCAACAAUUUUCCGUACUGAACAAAACGGAAAUGGAAAAUAAAUAAUGAUUUUACCCAUUUCAGUUCUGACAACUGUUUCAUCAUCUUGAGAUUACUGGACGUUUGCUGUGCUACAGACGCGGGUGCACCACCGUUAAAUUGGAUGGCUUCUUCUGUUUCCGGAAGACAGAAGAAACAAAUUUUUCUGCUGAAAUCUCCCUAGCGACGGUAGUGACGAAAACCAGAUUAUCUUGCUUCUCUAAAAAAACCGCUCAUCCCAUAGGAACCCCCACUGUUCAACCUGUCAGGCUCUCUUUUGCUGUCUGCUGUUGUCGAGCAGAGCUAGAUUCAAUCAGAUGAUUCUUCUGGAUGCAUAAUGAAAGCUCCUUGUAAAAUCAGUGGUCUCCUGGCAGGGAUUUAGCAGCACGCUGUUGUAUUCUAUCAAAAAGUCUACAUUUUCAUAAAUAUUUUCUUGGGAGACAGAACCACCCAAGUAUCCAUAAGCAUUAAGCCAUAGCACAAUUUUGACUAUACAUUUGUACUAAUGUUGCAUUGAAACUCAAUUAUAGCAUUAACAAUGCAAUCAAGCUCUAUAUUAGCAUCAUGAAUGCAUACAUGCACAGCCGAAAUAUAGGAUUGUCGUUUGCUUUCGAUACGUAUAUAAAGCUGAUAUAUGUACAUGCUUGAAGGAUCUUUACAGCAUGUAUGCUUUACAUGUACAUUUAGUGCCAAAUAUAAAGCCGAUAUAAUGCUAACAACAUAUGCAAUAUAGCUUACACAGAAAGAGUUGCGCACUUGCCGUAAGGACGAGGCUAGGUACCUUUGUUCAAGACUUACUAAAGUUGAUUUUCAAAAAACAUUAUGCAUAUCGUGUAAGAACGAAACUUCGAUAAGGAUAUUCAUUACAAUGCAUUAGAAGGAAGUCACGGUUCCAAACAGUAUUUUUAAAUUUUUCCUUUUUUGUUUAUCAUACCGAAAUGGAAAUUUAAAAAUCGUUGCAAAACCACAUUACAGAAAAUGACAGCCAAUUCAAGCUUUCUAAUGGCAUGACUUUAGUGCACUGGUGCUAUAUAAUAGCAUUAGUACCGCAAAAACGGGCUGUCAAUCUCUGCACAGUAAUAGCACAAUAUUUCGCCUUUUCUGACAUAAAACUGGCAUUAUAUCACAAUAUUUGGCUUAGCGGCUCUUUAGAACUGCCUAUGUAGAUCUAAAGCAGAUAUUAGGCUACGUUAGAAUGCUUAUUGGUUACCUGGGCAGACUCAAAAAAAAUGCGAAUGACAUAGUGACCCAGAAUGAAGCUGUCACUCCGAGCCAUGACAAAGUAACCAUCGAGAAAAAAAAUUGUCUUACUCUUGCUUCCGAACAAUAAGUUUCUUUGAUUUUUUUUUGUCUAGGUUGAUCAAAGUUAUUAUUGAAACAGUGGAAAUUCUUGAAAAUUCCAUUUUGGCCCGCACUUCAACAAUAACAAUAACGAAACUAAUAUAAUCUUGAAACUAAUUUAAAAUUUCUCAACAAUGUAAAAAAUUCGGAGGGGGUCCGGACCUCCAGGACCCUCUCCUUGGAUCCGCCACUGUCUAAAACCCAAUCAAUGUGGAUAUUUUUGGAACGGUUUUGACUGGUAAACGCCAAAUAUCGAUGUUUGACACCAUUCUUAAGAUGGCAGUUUCUGGUUAAGCGGAAUUUCCUAAAACCCAAUCAAUAUGGAUAUUGGGCGGAGUGGGCUCGAUGAAUGCAUAAUAAAGAUCAAUAUAUGAGUCAAUACAAAACCGUGACAGUUGAGUCAUAAAACUGGUAAAAUCUGGGGUAGACCAAAUCUGGUAUUUACUAUAUUAUUAAAGUUAAUUAAAUUUUCACUAAACACGUCAAGCACGUUCUAAGAAUACCCAUAUUGAUGAUAUUUUAAAGAAUUGCGCUUAACCGGAAGCCACCAUCAUGGUCUUCAAAAUGGCGUCAAACAUCAAAUUUUGGCGUGUACACGUUAGUCCUGCUCCGAAAACAGCCAUAUUGUUGAAGAUCCGUCAUUACCACCUUUUCAAAAUUCAUCAAGUACUUUGCAUUCAAAAGUGCUUAGAAUAGAUUCAGAAACCGUGUUAAUUGUACGUCCGAAUACAUUGAACCCUUUCAUGCCCAACUUUUUUCUAAUGCAUGAAGGGUUUUUACAAAACAUUUUUUUCUUGAAAAGCCUUUUUCAUAAAGAUAGGUGCUUUCCUCGAAGUGCUGCCCAGUCAAAAAGGGCAAGUUGCUGGCUAACGGGGGGCUAUUUGCCAACUCGAAUGCGCUAAUUGCCCUUCAAUUUGCCAGCAAAUUGCUGGCAAUUAGGAGGCUAUUUCAAAUGCAACAUUUGGGAUUCAUUAUCUACUCACAUAAAGUUAUCACUACACUAGGUAAUCACCACCAAACUAUAGGAAGAAUCAAUAGUAAAAUUGACAUUGCCACCAAAACUUAUCACAAUCUGACUUUUAUUAAGAGUUUAGGUCAGAUAUCUUGUUCCACUAUAUUUACACACGAUUCCACAAUUUUCCACAUUCGUUGGCUAAAUGAAGUGCACUAGACAAACAAAAUACAAGCGAGAACACGCCAAUCGUUUAAAAAAAAACUAUUUUAAGCUUAAGCCAAACAUGAACCGCCAUGUUUGAAAAACGCAAAAUCAACCAAGUCCUUUUCAGCCGCCAGAAAAUUUGUCUAAGUAUUGAAAUUGCCUUUAAAUCGCAUUCGCAAAUUGCAUUUGUUCCUAGGGGCAAUUAGCACAGGCGAGUUGAGUUAAACGUCAAACUGUUUAAAUCGCCUGACCAUGUUCGUCCGCAUUUUUUUUGACAGGGUGGAAGCUGCUGAAUUUUUACCUUCCAAUGCUCAAUACAGUUCUCCUAGAAUAUUUACAAUAGUCCAAUUGCAUGAAAAACUUAGCCAAAGACAAUCCAAAUUGAUAGGUUUUAUCAGUUUUUAAUAAUAUUGCAACAUAACGAAGAUAUAUGUAAAAUUCAUUUUCCGUCGUCAACAUAAACUGUCCCUGGCAGCACUGCUCCAUCGGAAUCAAAAUAGAUUGUUUGCAAUAACUUCAGUUCUAGAGCUGAUCCUUGUAACUGUUAUUACUCAACUGAAAGGCAAUAGUCACAUUUGUUAGCAUUACUUGUUUUUGUGAGCAAAUCUUGCCUCAAUCAGAAGUUAUAGCUGUUUAAAAACGUAGUUGUUCCCAAACAACAUGGGCAUGAAUGGGUUAAGCGCCUGCCUGAUUAAUUUUGACUAUCGCAAGUAUUUUUGCUUCAUGAAAAGUGUUGAUGUUUACAUUUCGUGCGCACAGUUUUCUCUUUCUCUCUCUAUCUAAGGUUUUACCAAUAGCUUUAGGCUGGGAACCAUUUGGCGAAAUUUUUAACUUUUGGACACUUCGGAAGUUAUUUGCAAAAUACCCCUGCUCUGGAACAUGAUUAAAAUUGAUAGAGCGAUAGUGGAAUUUGACACCUCGAUAGUUAAAAUUUUGUACAUGGUGCAGAAUAAAAAGGUGGAAACAUUUUCUGUACCUAAUCGAGGUUGUCAAUAUUUUUUAAUUCAAAAUUAAGGGAUAAAGAUAAAAACGAUAAUGUGUUGUGUCAAGCUUUGUUUGGGUUAUUCCAUGAUGUGGAUGUUUACGUUUCGAGGCUAUAGCUUUCAUACUUAACGUAAUAACAAAAAAAACUGAUUUAAAAAUAUCGAAAAAUGUUCACACCUAUACCAAUUUGAGGUCAUCGCAGCUGUCAUUUGUUAAUCCUAAUAACUAUCGAAAUGUCAACUUUCGAAAUGGUUUGCUCUCUUGGUUAAAUUUUGCCAUUCGAGAGAAAAUAACUUUCAAACUGUCAAAUUUUAACUAAAAGUUUAAAAAAAUCGCCAAAUAAAAAUUCACAGCCUUAAUAGGCACGACAUCAAUGGCAUUGUUUGUCUAUUCAGCCAAUGCAUCGUUUUGUCGCAUGGUGGCAGCUUGAAGGAUCCCACCAAAACAUAACUUCUUCACGAGCGUGCCAUUUUUCGACGAAAUGCUUCAAUUUAUCGGUAUAAACAUACGCGCAUCGAUCGCUUUAGCUUUGUUUAGACGGCAGAGAAAGGCACUGAAACACUUCUCGGAAAUGGCUGCCUACAGCUACACCUUCUGUUCGAAUUUUGCGAUUUGCUGGCAAUAUUCAAUAUCGUCUCGGGGUUGCCUGUCUGUUGUCAGUGUAACUUCCACUUAAUUCAUGGUGCGAAAAUGAUGAAUUUCCGACUCGCAAAGUGCUUAGGGUGAAGUGUACGGAAUCAAAUUAGUAUUUUUCGUGUUGUUUCGCUGUACUGUUUAGUGCUCGCUGUAUUUUUGUACUGUCGGUGUUUUGGCUUCAAUUUCGUGUCUGUGAUUCGACAGACUAGGUUCGUUAGAAACGUGCUAACCCUUUAUAAUUUCCAUUAUUUGAGUGCUGCUUAAGGACAUUAUACAAGCGAGCCACACCCGUCUCCCCUGCCUAACCAUGUAUCUGACAUGAGCAAAUCAAAAAAUACGUUUUUCAAUACACUAACCUUGCCGGUGUACCACGAAACUGCUAUUUGAGGAAGCUAGAACACUUUCCUAUACAACCAACCCGAGUUUUUGACGGAAUUCUAUCUGUAGCCCUUAUUUUGUGCGAAAAUAUCAUCCCUCUCUACUUGGGGUUCCUUUUCCAAACACUCCUAUUUUUCUUCUUCUCAUUUUCAGUGCACUUCUUCAAAUGCACUAAAAUCAAACACCACUGCAAAAACAUUCGCGAAACUUUAAUCGUUUAUUAACAAAACUUCAAAUUUUCUGCCAAUGUGCAGAUGACCGAGGGAAAAUGUCCGAAAACUCUCAUUUGUGCGUUUGAAUUUUCACUUCGAAUUCCAUUUUUUCUCAAUGUAAACAAGUGCGUCGGUGCCUAGCAACAAGCGUGCGUUCCUGGCUUCCACAUAUCUUCACCUUAACUUGAGGUCCAGUACUUCGCUGCUAACUGCGUUCAUAAAUGUAGGCUUAUCUCCCUUGUUACAUACAUCUACAUCAUUUGACGAAAGGUAUUCUAGUAGGUACUCACCUCUGGUAUUUAUAUCCGUGCUAGCCCAUACUGUGUGAUGUGCAUUGACAUCAUAUCCAAUGAUGAACGAUUUAUUAUGUUUUUGCAGUACUUUAUAAAUGAAUCGAUUUCAAAAGAUGGAGCUGUAUCCAUCCGUAUCGCCAGGGAAGUAAACAGAUGUGAUUACAAUCUCCUGCUUGCCCCUACCAGUCGAGGCCUCUACUGUUAUUGCAAUGACGUCUCGUUGAAUGCAAGACGGAUAAAGGUGUGAACAUUUUUUUUCUGUGUGUGAGUGCGGUUGACAUUUUUCUUUGAUGAAGCCGAGAAAACAAGAGAAUAUGAAAAAGAAAAGCACAAACAAAUGACGUAGUGGGCCUUUCUGUUGCCGUAAGUUUUGUUUCGGUUCGGCCAUAGUUAAUUUAAUCGGUUUUUUUCGGGGUAAAAAGUGUCCCUAAGUGUUCUAAUCGGUAGAUCCGAGGUGAAGCUCGGCCUUUUCUCACUUUUCGUCGUGCGCCAAAGAAUCAGGAUGCUCGUUCGGAUGUUUAUGUUUACUUCAGGGGGCCCCGGCCGCCAUGCUUAUUUUUUGCAAGUAAUAAAACUAAUACACUCAAAAGUGUCAAAUGUUCCCACUUUUUUCUCCAUCUUGCAUUGAAUGAAUCCCGAAAUUGGAGAGAAUUUUAUUACUCAGUUUAUUAAAGCUGCGGCCUUUGGAGCUGGUUGGUCUUUAGAAUAUACUAACUUGUAAGCUGAGGAAUUUAAACAAAAAAAUUGUGCCCAAGGCUCCUGUAUUAGAGCAAUGUCUAGAUGAUUUUUGGUGAACUUGUCACUUAGCGAGUCUCAUCUCGGGUAUAAACUACUGCAAUUGUGAACGUAUUUGAAAAAAAAAUCUUAUCAAAAUGGAGUCCAGAAAUUCGUAAUUGAUAACUUCCCUUUAAUUUGACUGUAGGGUUUCUAUGGCAAAGCUUGCUUUGCUUUUCGAAACGUGAAAACUGCUUCCCCCCAAAAUAAAAAUAUCUCAACACAAUCCUUCGGACCUUUAUUGAUCCAACGUUGGACGACAUCCAACCGAUCAAUUCAUAUCAUGGAACCCAUAUUCGACGAAUCGGAAGCCACUUUACAAAACUUCUCAGUAGGCGUCUAUCACGAAGAGCCACUUGAAGAAAUCGGUUUUUCUUUAUUUUUCCAUCGCUUCCAAUAUCGUCCGAAAUUCCUGAUUAAAAUUAAACUUGACGGAUGAAAGUAAUCACUUUCGCAAACGGAAUACUAAUUUCUUCCUCCUCGAGGCGGGCGAUAAUUUUCGCACGUUUCGGCCCCGGGGGGAUGCUCCAUUCCAUGAUGGCUACACUACAGUACUUGUUAUUAACAUUUUGCGCUCCGUGCUUUUUCGGUGUAGCAAUAGGUCCUUCUCGCAUAGAAUUUAUUAUUUUUUAUCGAUAAACCUUUAAAUAUUUCUAGAGACAAUUCUGCAUGAACAAAAUUAAUUUUUUUGCGUUUUGCGAGUUCAAAACACCUCCCGUUUGCCUUCUGUUAGCGUUCAUCGGGGAAAGUUGCUAGCCAGCGGAAGGCCAUUUGCAUUAAAGUUACAACUCAAUUUUUGAACAAUUUUAAUAAAUCGUAGACACUAAUAAAACAUUCACUCUUGCGAAAGUGAUGUUAUAAUUUUGAACUCUUUCAAUGAAAAAUAAGCGAAAAAAGGAAUUCGAUUCGUUGGGAAUGCUCUAUUUCGUUCAGUUUCACCCUUCCACCUUCGAUAAGCUUUGGCCGAAAUGGAACCACCUUCUUCCUUAGCGACCCCGUCAGACGUUACGGGAAGCUACCGGGGUUGUUUAAAUGAUGAAAAAUGAGAUGAUUAUAAAUUCAGACAAUGUGCUACGGACCUUGUGUAUACCAAAUUGAGAGGAAUAUCUAAACAAUUACCGGCUUUUUUCAAUUGAAUUGGGGCUCGGGAAGACGAUAGAUGAGAUUCGUUGGAUGGGAAUCCGGUUCAAAGAGCUAGAGCAGGCACACCAAUACGGUGGACGAUAUCUGGUUGAAGGUUUCCAAACUGAUACACUUUUGCAAUCAACAAACAUCUCGUUGUCUUGGUUACGGCAAAACGACACAGGAAGCCAGCGAGCAAACGUCAAAGAAGGUUUGAAGAGUGAUUGUAGUAGGCCGGAGGAAAUAUUUGCAAACAGAUAAAUUAUUUUCUUUCUAGUUGUUCACAAUUUGAACAAAUUUAUACUAAACACUAGUGAGAAACGAUUACUAUUACACUCUUGUACAGAAAAAUGUCUCCUUUGCCUGUAGACAGGGUUGGCAGUUCAACUAAAAAUAUCUGGCGAAAUCUGGCACUUGAUAGCGACCUCAAAGUCAUCGAAAUUUGGCAUAUAUUUUAGUUUUCAUAGAAUGUGCAUCAAUCAAUUUUUUGUAAAAUUUGGGACAUUAUUACCCAAAUUUCCAAAAUGUGUAUGUAGCUGCUUCUAAAACCUACAAAUCGGGUCUUUUUGUCUGGAAGCUGCCAAAACCUCUGGCUGUGUCAAAUAAAUCUGGCAUAAUGGCAUCCCUGCCUGUAGAACGAAGUAGAACACGCACACAAUCUCGCAUUAACUCAACUACACAUGUAUUACUACCUAGAUGAAGAGAAAAAAAGGUGGAAACAUUUGACGCUUUUGAGUGGAUUAGUUUUAUACUUGCGAAAAAAUUAAACAUGGCGUCCGGGGCCUUGGAAGUAAACAUAAACAUCCGGACGAGUAUCUUGAUUCUGUGGCAUACGAUGAAAAAAGAGAAAAGGGCCGAGCUUCACCUCGGAUCUUCUAUUUAUCCCGAAAAUACCGAUAAAACAUAAUUAUGGCCAAACCGAAACAAAACUUAUGGCAACAGAGGAAGCCCACAACGUCUUUUGUUUAUGUUUUUCUUCUUCAUAUCCUCCACCUGCAUAGAAAAAAAAUGUGCCCACCUGUACCCGUCUUGGAUUAGUACAUUAUCGAACUGUCAAAAUUCCUCAUUUAGAUAUAUCUCGAAUACUUUUUCAAAUAGGUGUAUCUAUCAAUGAAAUUCUCAUUAUUUAUUUUCGCUUCCGUUAAUUGAUCUAUCUAUCAAUACAAGUUGCCGAAAAAUCAGCAAUUUGAAUUGAACUUGUUUGACAGAUUCGUUUUGCUGAAAAUUUAGUAAUUCAAAUUGUCAAAUUGACAGCGCAAUUGCCGGAUUCUCAG